UCUUGAUACAUGUGCAGCGACCUGGGCUUUCCGACGUUGGUUGCUCUGUGGUACUGGUUCUCCGCAUGACUCUCGAAGUGAAUACGUGUAUCUAGCAGAGAAUACCUGCUGCACUUCAUACACGAAAAAUGCAUCAAAGUUGGAUUCCCCCACAUUCGAACUUCUGGUGGUUUGCUUUAAUGUGGAUACGUGUUGUGGUCGUGCAAAGUCGGAUACAAGCACCAGCAAAUAAGGAACAGCCGUUCGCUUCCAUCGUUUACACGGGAGUGGUCCGAGGAAAAGUAGCACUGCCUUGUGACAUUAGACCUCCUUCCUCCGAUGACUCCGUCACACUUGUGCUGUGGUACAAGGACGAGAGCUUGGCACCCAUUUAUACGCUCGACUCUCGAAGAGGUCAAUUGGAUCAGGCAAGACAGUCAUCUCUACCAGAACUGGAAGAUCGUGCCUUCUUCAAUAUGGACAGCGAACCUGCUUUUCUUCAAAUUGACCCCGUGGAGGAAGGCGAUGCCGGGGAGUACCGCUGCCGGGUAGAUUUUCGCAAAGGUCGAUCUAUCAACACGGUCAUCAAUUUAAAAGUCGUCGUGCCUCCGGGAGAUCCUGUAAUCCUGGACAAGAACGGAUACCGAAUGGAAGGUCUUGCUGGACGCUUCAACGAAGGGGAACACUUGAGACUCAUAUGUGAAGUUGAAGGAGGUAAACCUCGACCCGUGGUCUCCUGGUGGAAGGACAAGCGGCUCGUAGAUAACAACUUCACGGUUAUCGGCGACGGUCGAUUGGCUCGGAACGUCCUCGAGAUCGAUCAACUGAAGCGGUCCGAUUUCCUGUCGGUGCUGACGUGCCAGGGGGCCAACAACAACUCCACUGUAUCGGUCUCCCGGAGCAUCACACUCGACAUGAAUUUGCUUCCCCUGGACGUCGCCAUUCAACCACCAAAAGAACCUCUCUCUGCUGACAAGGAAGUGGAACUGGUGUGUACUUCGAGCGGCUCUCGUCCCCCAGCCUUAUUGACGUGGUGGAAGGGCGGUCAACAGCUCAUUUCUUCCAAAGAGCAUCAAGUGCAAGAAGGAGUGACCACGAGCUCCAGCAUCAUCCAGUUCACUCCACGCAUAGAGGACAGUGGACAAAUCCUGUCAUGCCGUGCUGAGAAUCAGUUUAUCCCCGGCAGUGCAAUCGAAGAAGGAUGGAAACUCGACGUUCUUUACGCUCCGAAGGUCUCAGUGCAGUUGGGCCAAAACCUGAAAUUGGACGAUAUACAAGAAAGCAACGAUGUGUACCUGGAAUGCCUGAUCGACGCCAGCCCUCCUGCAACAGAAAUCACGUGGCUUUUCGGCGAGAGUGAGGUUACCACAAACAUAUCUGACGGCGUCAUCGUCAGCAGCCAAUCCCUGGUCUUGCAAAAGGUACAUCGCUCUCGAGGAGGGAGCUACAAGUGUUCUGCCAUCAACAGGGAAGGCCGGGGCACCAGUAAAGACUUUACACUCAGGGUCAAGUUUGCCCCCAUUUGUAAAGCUGGACAGAGGGUCACUUACGGCGUUUCUCCGGGAGAGUCUGUCAGCGUCCACUGCGAGCUCGAAGCAGACCCAAGCGACGUAAGGUUCCAGUGGCGCUUCAACACGUCUGCUGCUUCCGGCAAGAGACACGAAAGAAUCAGUUACAGCCAUGUGUUUGCGCGAAGCACUGCCGUCUACACGCCGCAGACGGAGGAAGACUAUGGUGAACUGCUCUGCUGGGGCGCGAACGAUGUUGGGAAGCAGCGCAGGCCCUGCAGCUUUUCCAUAAUUAAAGCGGGCCCUCCUGACCCAGUUUCAAACUGCACACAGCUGAAUGCUACGGAAGAUUCUGUAUUCUUCGAGUGCACCGAGGGCCGAUGGGACGGCGGUAUCUCUCCUGUGACGUUCGUAGCCGAGAUGUACAAUAUAUACACUGGACGGCUGCAGGCCAACGGCACUUCUGUCGGCUCUCCCACCUUUGCUUUUAUAGGACUGCCUGCUGGAUCGUCCUUCAACGUGGUCGUCUACUCCGUUAACGCUAAGGGCCGAAAAACACCGACAAACCUGAUUGUAAACACUCUUCGGCCCGCUGAGAAGCUUACAGCUGGCUACCAGGCAAUCAAUAUUAUACGGCCAGUUCUUGGAGCUUUGGUUGGUGUGGUUGUCACACUUCUCAUAGCGGCAAUCGCUAUCAUCAUCUUCAUCAAAUUCAAGCAUCAGAAAAGAACAAAAGAUCACAGGAAAGAAAGGAAUGACGAAAAAUCACAAACUCUUCUGACAAAGGACACCGAAGACUUUCCAGAUUUUGAAGAAAGGGGCCCGGAUAUCAUACCCUCGACCCCUCUUAACAAGCCACAUUUUACACCUACCUAUCAAGAUGUGGAAGACAUUGACCACGGAUUUACAAGAGGCAGCCUUUCAACUUUCUACAGCCUUCCUCCGGGACCAAAGCGGUCUACUGCAGAAAGUGACGGUGCUUCCAGCAAGUUGUCAAAUAUUAAUGAAGUUUGCGACGCAACCUAUGGUGAGUUUUCCACCACUGCAGCAUCUCUCAGUGGGACGCCUUCAUCAGCUUCAAGCACAAUGAAACUGCUUCGAAAUGUGCCUCCGAAGCUUCCGCCAAGUCAAUUUUCCCAAAUAGACUUUCACAGAAGUGUUGCUCAGCGUCCCUUGCCAACCAGCCAUGAAAUCCUUGCAACUGUGCCGCAUUCACCGGAUACAGAAGAAGUGCAGACUGUGUUGUGUGGUGAUUCUUUACAACGUGGGAAUCACAUGGAAAGUACAGUAUAAAUCCUGGCAGCAUCUUGGUGACUGUAGUUUUAGAGUAUCUGCAGUAACUUUGUGAGAAGACUUCAGUGGGUUGGUUUUGAACGAAACUGUCAUUCGGGCUGUCUGAAAGUGGUGACGUGCUGUGGUGGCCUUGAAGAACAACUUUUACGCCACGAAGCGUUUCUUUUUUACGAUUAUCUGUGCACCACGCAGCGUUCGUUGUCUCUAUAACAACUGCUGAAGGUUUCGAACGAACAUACAUCAAAGUUUUGCACACUUGCGCACUGUAACUAAAAAUGUAGUGUCAUUGUCGACACUGAACCGAACUCUUUCGAACCGGUAUGUACGCCAAGUAUAAUGAGGGAGGAAAGGCGCUGAAAAACUCGAAACGCGGCCUACGUUUCCUACCAAAGCCGCAUUCUGUGCCACAGUCAUAGCCUGAGUGCCUGGUUUGACACAGCAGCU